CCACUUGACCACACUGUGCCCUUGUGACUGCGUACGUCCUACUAUGUACUCCCAGCCACGGCUGAGCAAAUCUUCUCAUCUCUCACCUCCGAGGCUGCCAUUGCUUCCAGUUUCGUUCUUCUCUUCUCUCGAAAGCCAUGGACAAGGUCUGGGAUCUCAAGGUGCACGUCGAUGGCCGUCACGCGCUUCUUCUCCACCAGAGCGUCAUGUGCGCCUUCUCGGGGAGGCUGAGGGCAAUGGCGACGCGGGAGACGAAGGCCGAGAGCGGAGGAGGAGCAGAGGCGUCGUUGUGCGUCGACCUCGCGGGCUUCCCUGGAGGCGGCGAGGGCUUCGACCUCGUGGCACAGUUCUGCUACAGCAAUGGCCGCCUCCCGCCGCUCCGCCCCUCUGACCUCCCGCUCGUGCACUGCGCCGCCGCGUUCUUGGAGAUGACCGAGGAGGUGCGUGCCGGCAACCUCCUCGCCCAGGCGGAGGCCUUCGUGGACGUCGGGCUCUGCUACUGGAGCUGGGCCGACGUGCUCGCCGCCGUCAAGAGCUGCGAGGCGUUCGGAGCCGACGUCUCCGGCCUCCGAGCGAAGCUCCUCUCAGCUCUGUUCUCGAGGAUCGCUGAAGGCACGGAGACGUCGAACAGCUCCUCCUCGUCCUCGCCAGACACGGUCAGAGGCUCCAGCGGGCGGCCGUCACCCGCCAAGACGCCGGAGUCGGUGAGGCGGUCAUGCUUGGGCGGCGGCAGGGAGUGGUGGUUCGAUGACGUGGCGUCUCUAUCCCCGCCGACCGUCGAGAAGGCAAUGCAACUGGUCGGCUGCUACGGCGUGGACAACAAGAACCUCACACUAACGCGGUUCCUGCAGCAUUACCUCCCCCGCGCCGCCGCGCUCCGCAAGGUCGACAACUCGGGAAGCCUGGUCGGACUCGCCGACACGGCCGUGCACGGCGUGGCGCACUCCGGCGGCGGGGCGGCGUUCUCCUGCAGGGGUCUCUUCUGGGUUCUGCGGGUCGUGUCAGCCGUGGGCCUGAGCAAGGAAUGCAGGCGAAAGAUGGAGGUGCUGGUGGGGCAGAUGCUAGACCAGGCCACGCUCGACGACCUCCUCGUCUCCGGCGACGGCAGCGGC